UUCAAUGUGAUAAGAGAUUAAAAUUAAACAUGCUGCGACUGACAAGGAACACAAUAUUUUGCCUGAUCAUGCUUGACUGGCUGAAUUACACAUUGGCCGCCAUGUCCAUGAAUAACUACGGAGAUAAUGCCUAUCCUGAUCGGUGUGUCUUGGACAUAGCCGACCAGGUCGUUUUACUGCAGGUGGGUGAGAUGUACAAGUUUGAAUCGCUGCCCUGCACUUCCAUCUAUUGUCUAGGCGAUGGCUGGGGCAUGCUACAAACCUGCGAUCACGUGAAGCCAAAAAGUGGUUGUCGCUUCACCGAAUAUGUUGACUUAAGAGCCCCAUUCCCAGAAUGCUGUAAGCGACGCGUUUUUUGCGAUUAAGUUGAGAGUGUGAAGUCAUACCUUUAGUUAGAUUGCUUAAUAAAAUUCUCGGUGUCAAAAUAAUACAUAAACAACACACAAUACGCUGCCCCCUUCCCUUGAAAUAAAGCAUUGCUUAGAGUGUAACUACCGAUGGAGUUUGGAGUGUGAAGUCAUACUUAUAAUGGGAUUGCUUAACAAAAUGCUCGGCGUCUAACUACAAGUAUUACUUAGACACACACAAUAAGCUGCCUCCCUGCCCUUGAAAUAAAAUGUUGCUUAGAGUGUUUAUCAGUGGAUCUGAAAGCCGACGUAACAAGUUCUCCCGAAUCCACUCAAUUGACCCACGAGCGACGUCGAUAAGAGCAGCAGCUGGGCACCUCGCUGUGCCAUAUACUACAUAUAUAUAAGAAGCUCCAGCUAUAUAAAUGCUAAAAGUGUCAUCAGUCAGUCAAUAAACAUUUUGUGUUCUAAUCAA